ACCCACCCAACAUCGUCCUUUUGCCUUCCACCCACCAACCUUUCUACAGGGGGCUGAGACUUUUCUUCUUCUUAUGAGCCUGGACCCUUUUCUCUUCUCUACGCUCAUUCACCACCAUUUACAAUCACCCUUGGUCUUUCAACAAUGCUUGACAAACUUGUGGGCAUCGCCAUGCUUGUGGCUGCCACCAUUGUCUUCCUCUACUACACCUUCUGGACCCUUUUCAUGCCCUUCGUCGAUUCCGACCACCCUCUCCAGAACUUCUUCCCACCCCGCGUCUGGGCCGUCCGUAUCCCCGUCAUCCUGGUCCUCUUGGGCUCUGCAGUUGUCGGAUCCUUCCUCAGCGUCGUCAUGAUCAAGAGCAACCGUAAGAAGGCUGCCAAGGCCAAGGCUGCUGCAGCGAAGAAGACCUCUUAAUUGAGUGGCACGGACUGUAUACAUCAAAUGACGGGGAGGGGGUGUAUAUCGCAUUCAAGAGGUUCAAGCUGGGAGGAAAGGAGGCCAGCCCAAUGAUUCUUGCUGUCGGAUUCAGAACCCCUGCGAGAUUGGAAUCAUAAUACAAAAGCUAC